AUCGGUGUUUAAAAUGAAAUCACUUUUUAUCCCAAUUUUUAAACAAUAAUAACAAUUAUUGAAUUGAUUUACGGCUUGUGUUUGGCUUUUAAUUAUCAUUUGAUCCCAUAAUUAGUGAUUAGAUGUAUGUCUCGAGUCAUAACUCAUUGCCAUUUAGCCAUUGAUUAACUGAUUUUGUGCUCAAAUUACUCGUUAUUAUCAAUACAUACCUCUGGUGUCCACUCUUUCUGCGUGUAUCUGAAGACGUGUUUAUUCUUCAUGUGAUUAUCAGGUUGUGGUUCACGCGUGACAUAUGAAUGUCAAUCAAGUUUGACGAUCAAUCGCCGCAACGACAACAAUAGGUCCGCCCCUUAAGACAUCUGCGGAGGCAAUAGGAGAGAGAAGUGUCGGCCGAGCGCUCGGAUCAGAUGAACGGUUAGGUUUGGACACCGAAAUGGUUAACGAAAACGGGAAGAAAUGCUGUCGAAUACUAUUAGUGGGACAAUCCGGUGUCGGGAAGACAUCACUCAUCUUCUCGCUGGUGAGCGAAGAGUUCCCCGAAGAAGUGCCCGCAAAAGCCGAAGAGAUCACAAUACCGGCUGACGUGACCCCCGAACGCAUCUCCACUCAAAUCGUCGAUUAUUCCGCUCAGGAACAGAGUGUCGACGUUCUUCUACAAGAGAUACGUAAAGCAAAUGUCAUUUGCGUUGUCUAUGCUGUCGACGACGACGACACCAUCGAUAAGAUUACUAGUUAUUGGUUGCCAUUAAUUCGCGAUGAAUUGGGCGAAGAGCACAGCACUCCUGUAGUAUUAGUCGGAAAUAAAGCAGAUUUAGUCGAUUAUAGUUCACUAGAAGUGGUUCUUCCGAUUAUGAAUCAGUUCUAUGAAGUGGAGACAUGUGUCGAGUGUUCAGCGAAAAGCUUGAAAAACAUAUCCGAACUCUUCUAUUACGCUCAGAAAGCAGUCCUUCACCCGACGGCACCUCUCUAUUCACCCGAAGAUAGAGACUUAACAGAGAACUGUAAGAAAGGGUUGACACGAAUCUUCAAAUUAUGUGAUUUAGAUAACGACGGAGUGCUCAACGAUCACGAACUGAAUCGCUUCCAACGGCGGUGUUUCGAUAGUCCACUCCAACCGCAAGCGUUGGACGACGUGAAGAAUAUCGUCAAACGAAGCGUUCCGGACGGUGUCUUCGACGACGGGCUAACACUUCCCGGCUUUCUAUUCCUUCACACGCUAUUCAUUCAACGCGGACGACACGAGACGACGUGGACUGUACUCCGAAAGUACGGCUAUAACGACGCCGUGUGUCUCAACGAACAGUAUCUGCGGCCCAAAGUGGACGUCCCGUUGGGCUGUAGUACCGAAUUGACGUCACAGGGCUAUGAGUUCCUGAAGCAACUGUUCCUUAAAUACGAUAAGGAUAGCGACGGAGCCCUCUCUCCCAAUGAAUUACAUAAUCUGUUUAGUGUUUGCGAACGACUGCCCGUUUGGGUCGACGAAGAUAUCUCCGGUAUUGUUGAGUGCAAUGAUAAGGGUUGGGUCACUCUUCAGGGAUUCCUCGCCAUUUGGACACUUAUCACUGCCAUCGAUGUCAGCCAAACGUUUGAAUAUUUGGCGUAUUUUGGAUAUAUUUCGCCGCCAGAAGAGAGCCAAUUAUCUUCUGUUUACGUGACAAGAGAUAAGAGAAUUGAUUUACAGAAACGACAGACGAGUCGUAACGUAUUCUCGUGCCAUUUGGUCGGACCUCAAGGCGCGGGGAAGACGUCUUUCAUGAAAGGAUUUUUGGGGAAUACUUUACUCCAAACUAAAGCCAAAUCAAGUCUUAGUAAUAAGAUUAGUCUCUAUUCUAAUUAUGUGGUCAACACUAUUCAGAUAUACGGCCAACAAAAGUAUUUAAUUAUCCGAGAAAUAGAUAUAUUGACGCUAAACGACAGACUAACUGAACCCGAAUUAAUAUGUGACGUCUCGUGUCUGAUGUACGACUCGACGGAUCCCAAAUCCUUUGAAUAUAUUGCCACAAAUUUCUUGAAAUGCUUUAUGAAUACAAAACUGCCGAUUCUAGUGGUGGCGGCGAAGAGCGACGAGCCAUCGGUGCGCCAACACUACACACUACAACCGGACGAGUUCUGUGUGAAGUACAAACUACCGCCGCCUCACUAUUUCAGCGUCAAUAAGGAGGAGCUGCUGAAGGAGGUGUACGUCAAGUUGGGAACGAUGGCCGCCUAUCCCAACCUCCGGCGUCUGGUUCACGUCCUUCUCAUGAGACCCACGCAGUCAUGGGUUUCGCAGCAUUUAGAUACUCUUCAGGCCGUUCUUCCGCACGACACCAACAGUUGGAUCAGAGCCGGCGUCGGGAUCGCCACUCUUACUAUUGUCGGAAUGUUUAUAAUCCGAUUAAUGAGAGCUACAAAUGCUGGGCAUAGAUAGCGGGAAUUGAAUGAUAUAAUUGGGGUGUUUUGUUGUAGUGAUGGUUAGACCACUCAGUCAUACGAAAAAAUAAAUAAUUCAUUAUAUUUCCAAAUAUACGCUUAGAUUUGCAUCUAAAAUAAGCGAACAAUAAUUAUAUUGUUUUUAGUUUAAAGGUUCAAAUUGUGCCUCAAAUUCAUUGGUUUUAUUUAUAUAAAGCGAUCGAUUAAAUCAUUUUUUAAAUAAAAUACAAAUAUAAACUAUAUUUGACUCAAAAUAUACUUUUAUUGAUUUAACAAAAUGUAUAAAAUAGGAUAAUUUUAACUUAUAAUUCAAUUUCAAUUGACUAUUCAUUAAAAAGAUUUUUCGCCAAACUGUCAAA